GCACAGUAACAGACCAUGAAGUUUCAUCCCACACUACUGAAAAAAACAAGAAACUUGUGACAUCUGUACCUCGCCUUCUAAGUCUUCCUAGCUGCUAGCUGGGAGUAACAGCCACUGUUUUCAAAGGCUUUACACUGAAGUUCCCACACUUCAUCGAGAGGCUGGUGUGUCUGUCUGUCUCUCAGUGGACAGAUGGCCAAGGGGAAAGCAAAAGGUCCAAAAGGGAAGAAGAUCACCUUGAAAAUUGCCAAAAAUUCCAUCCGUAUAACUCUUGAUGGAGGACGCCGUCUUGACUUAAGCAAGAUGGGUAUCACCACCUUCCCCAAGUGCAUUCUGAAACUGGCUGACGUGGAUGAACUUGAUUUGAGCAGAAACAUGUUAAAAAAGAUUCCAAGCAGCAUCCAGAAGUUCCAGAAACUGCGCUGGCUGGACCUGCAUAGUAAUCAGCUUGAGGAGCUGCCCGAGGCAAUAGGUACACUUCAGAACCUUUUCUACCUGAAUGUAUGCAACAACAAGCUGACCACCAAAAAUCUGCCAGAAGGGUUGAACCUUCUCAAGAACCUGCAUAUUCUCAACCUUGGUUUGAACUGUCUUGACAGUAUUCCUACCAGUCUUGGGGCUCUAAGGGAACUUACCGAGAUAGGUCUCUUUGACAAUGCCUUGACCACCAUCCCAAACAGUGUGAAAAAGCUCCCCAAGCUCAAGAAGCUGAAUGCAGAAAGAAACCCUUUCCCGGAUUCAACAAAGCAAGUGGAGCAUGCCGACUCCAUCAAAUGUGUAGAAAUGCUCCACUUAGUACAAGAGAAAGACCUGUGCUCUUCUUGCCUGAAGAUGUGUAUGGAUGAGAGGGACAAGCUGAACAAGUUAAUGAACGUGACACCCAGCUGCUUAAAGAAGCCAAGUUUCCCUUUACUCCUUACACCCAAUUCUACUGCAAAGGAUAACCAAGAAGAAUGGAGAUUAAGAGACAAUCUACCAAGACAUUCCACAGACCAUGUCCCAUGAAAUCCAGCCCAAACUAAUAAAAAGCUGACC